UCUGGAAUCCGAGAGCUGCAUUUGAAUAGAAAGCGAUCACCUGCCUCACACAAGCGCACGCACACACAAACACGCGCGCGCAUCGUGCGGCUUCACGAGGAAAGAGAAAACAGCCGCUGGACUCGGAUCUGCAGUUUUACCAGGCGAACCGAGGGGACACGAACCGGGACCUGCAGGACGAUCCGCCGAGCCCUGGUUCUGACCGGGCAUCAACGCGGUCCGCAGGUGGACCGGGUCUGGUACCGUGACGGUUCUGCGGUCGGCGAGUAAAUAGAACGUGACCGGAAUUCUGAAUGAUCUGACAGCUGGACGGGACCAGUGCGACCAAGAUGAUGAUGAUGAGUCCGUCAGACAAGAUGAAGAAGAAGCCACCCAAGGACAGUCUCACUCUGCUGCCAUGUUUCUACUUUGUGGAGCUGCCCAUUGUGGCCUCCUCCAUGGUGUCGCUCUACUUCCUGGAGCUGACUGACGUGGUGCAGCCGGCGCAGGUCGGCUUCCGCUGCCACGACCGCGACCUCAGCAUGCCGUACGUGGACGGAGGAGACGAGUUGAUCCCGCUGCUGAUGCUGCUGAGCCUCGCCUUCGCAGGACCAGCUGCUUCGAUCAUGCUCGUGGAAGGCCUGAUCUACUGCCUGCAGUCCAGACUGAAGCUGCGUCGACCUGAAGGAAGCAUCAACGCUGGUGGCUGCAACUUCAACUCCUUCCUCAGGAGGACAGUUCGCUUUGUUGGUGUGCACGUGUUCGGCCUGUGUGCUACGGCACUGGUGACUGACAUCAUCCAGCUGUCUACCGGCUACCACGCGCCAUUCUUCCUCACCGUCUGUAAACCCAACUACACCCAGCUAGGCAUUUCCUGCGACAAGAACCCGUACAUCACAAAAGACAUCUGCGCUGGACAUGACCAACACGCCAUUAUGGCCGCCAGAAAAACAUUUCCUUCUCAACACGCAACUCUCUCUGCCUUUGCUGCGGUGUAUGUUUCUAUGUAUUUCAACUCCACCAUUUCGGACAGCACCAAGCUGCUCAAGCCAGUGCUGGUGUUUGCGUUUGCCAUUGCGGCGGUCCUGACGGGUCUGACUCAGAUAACGCAGCACCGCAGCCACCCCAUGGAUGUGUACGUGGGCUUUCUCAUCGGAGCAUUCAUCGCCGCCUACCUGGCUUUCCAUGCUGUUGCCAACUUCAAAUCCUCUGACGAUGUUGCACCCCCACCCGCGCCCUCUCCCCCAAAAGAGGAUCCGCUCCGAGCACUGACGGAGCGCGGCCACGAUUCGGUUUACAACAAGGGUCCUGCCUCCGCCUCUGAAAGCAACGAUGAGAUAUCAUCAGCCCCGGCACCGAUGGACAGACUGGAGGGUUUGGGGCCUCUGCAGAGGGAAAAGGCCUCCAUGGGUAGCCUGAAGAGAGCCAGCGUGGAUGUAGAGCUUCUGGCUCCCCGCAGCCCGAUGGGGAAGGAAACUAUGCUGACCUUUAGUAACACACUACCUCGGGCCUCGAUGAAUGUCAACGGAGGGCUCGGUGAAGGUUCCGGCUCAAGUGAUCAAGUCCAGCCUGUACAGCCCGUCCAGCCGGUACAGCCUGUACAGAGGCGUUUAAAAGCCGUUCAAGUCCCGAUGGACCCAAUGAGGUCUCAGCAGUUGAUGUCAGAAUGGAAACAGAAGUCAUUGGAGAUGAGAGGACAAAGCCCCCGAGAGGAUACUGAGCGAGAGGCCAGUGAGGACGGCUCAGAGAGGAGCUCGGUCACCACUGAUGACGGAGGAUCACAGGCCCCCAUAUAUCAGCCGUCUGUCCAUUCAAAUAGAGGGACCUCCAGUCGAAACCCAACUCCUCCACCUGGACCAAAACCGGUGGCUGUGGCCACUCCAAGACCCCCUCAAAUCCCUGAGGCAGGACCCCCUCCAGUCUCACCAAAGAGUGCAGUAACCCGUGCAAAGUGGCUAGCCAUCCGGGAAAAGACGGCGGGGGAUUCCUCUUCCCGUGGGGCCACCACUCAACCACGACUCAUGCAGGUUAUUGCCAUGUCCAAGCAACAAGGCCUCCUGCCAUCUCAAUCUUCGGGCGAGAAGUCCUCAGAGUCCACCUCCACUGGGUCUGGAACCUCCUCCAGUGCUGACUCCCCUCAUUACCGCCAAACAUCAGAGCAGCAGCGGGAAGGAUCAAUUGUUACUGUGGAUGCCCACGCUCCCCACCAUCCCGUCGUCCAAGUACCGGCCCCGCCUCAAGCCCCACCCCUUGCUGGGAACGGUAACCCGUGGGAGUGGGCCGGUGCGUCCAAUGGAGGCGACCAACGCGACACCUACGACCUCAACAGCCAUCACAGAGGGGACUCAGCGGCCCACGGUAGCAGCUUCCGUCCACAGAGGUCCGCAUCGCCUCGCUUCAUUGGUGAGGCUGACCUAGCCCAACACUCGAUCCACACUCAGAUGGAGAUCUCUGCAGAAGCACAGCGGAGGGAAAUGGCCAUGAGACGCAAGACGGCCCUAGUCCUUUUGGAUCGAGAGAUUCGCAAUCAUAACGAACAGGAGAACUAUUACAAAAGCCUUCAAGGACGGCGAUUCAAGGAUUAGUCUCUUACCCUUUUGAAACAAACGCCUUAUUUGAAACUGGUCCGUAAAGCACAGCAGAAGCAGUGAAGUCCAAAUGCUCCGAAGGGAUCCACCCAGGAAGCUCCAGCCAUACAUACGCUUUGAGGCUCAAUGGCCUUCUCACGCAUCAGAUGUCCUGCUCAGUCCCAGUCAUCUUGAGCGACAGCUGAGGUGAGGGCUGGUUGAUUGUAUAUAUAUAUAUUACCACACGUACUGUAAUUACCUCAGACUCUCUCAUCUGCACAGCAAUCAUGAUGUAUAAAAAGAUUAGAAUAGUAAGCUCCAGUCCAGCCACUGCACCGGCAUUUACGUUGAAGUUGAGCGGCGGGAAAUCAGGAUGGCCUGUUGAUCGCUGUUCCAUUGCAGUCUACAUUUCAAACUCAGGCCAACAAAGCGCCAUGCUAACGUAGACAAAUUGCUCUUUUGGUGGCCCAAGCUGCCUUUGCUCUGUGUCGCUAACCUUUGCUCUUUACAAGCGCAAGCAUGGGAUUGACUCUAAAUGUUGUUUCAAUGCCAGAGGAAGAGUUAUUUGCGACUCUAAAUUCUCGCACGUUUUACUGAGGUAUAGCUGAAGGUGGAGGCCAGGGCAACCCUUCCUCCCGUAGCCUCCUUCUCAGAGAAUACUGAGGAGUUUAGGUGAGCUCGCUAGCGUGUCCUGGGCUUUUCCUGCGGACUAGUCGGCCAGGAAAUGGAGCACUUUGUCUUUUGGCUCAGCUCUUUCUUCAGGCCGAUACUGAAUUUCCAUGGCUCUGUUAAUGUGUGUGAACUGGCUACUGUACUUGAGAUUGAUUACUUGGAUCUCAGAUCCAAAACCGUCGUGAGAACCUCUACAAAUUAGUUAUCGGAUACUUUUAUUCCUGAGAUUCAUUAUACAAAAAAAACAGGGAACGAUAAAUCAAUGAGCAUCGCGGUCAUCCAAACUUGUAUGGAGCAACACAACAUUCUCACGGAUGACACUGGAGUCUGGACAACAACCAAUGGAAGGCACUUGAAGACUCCAGUCUGAAACAACGUCUGGAAUUCUGCAUCUGGGGAAGUGACUGGGGAUCCCCCUAGAGGUACCCUGCUGAUACUACACUGACUGUAUAAUACCAGAGUGUGUCAUUGCCUCUCUGUUGUGAUGGCUCGGUUGCUAUGGUGAGUAGCAUGUUUGUUCGUGCGUCUCUGGUGGGGACGUCUGGUGUGGAGUAUUUUCGUUACUGUGUGAAUCGGAUUCUGUGUGUUGAUUCAGGAUGGCCUGAUGUGAAGUUCAGUAAGAUACUUCAGAUGUGACAGUCACUCCCUCAUCAGGUCUGAGGAGGUGAAGCGCCAUGUAGACAAGUCCAUGUCAAACUAGUCCUAUUGCUGCUGGUUGUAAAAGUUGGGAGAUGCAUUUGUUUUAAGUUAUUAUACUCUGUGUUCAGGUGACACAUAUUCAUGUGUUUGGAUGAAAAUCGUUGACAUUGUUGAUGUCUGUUUGCUGUAAAACAUCACGUCCCUUGGCAAAGCUUGGACUCUAUGAUCUUGGUUUAUCACAGCAUGCAUUUUGAGUCCGAGGCCACCUGGCAUAGCGCUUCACACACAGGCUAUGAGCGAACGCAAGUGUCAAAUAUAGACCAGUUCGCAAUGCCAAAACGUGCACACACUUUCUGGUGAUGGAAGCAUCUUCUAGCUCCGCCUACAUAGAUCUGUAAGUGGACGUUUCUACAAACACUUUUCAGUGCUAAAUAUUACAGUGUGGUUGGUUGUCAUAUUCAGAACUGUGGACUUAAGUUCAACUGCUGCAUAUUUGGCCCCUUGCCGACAUGAUUCAUGCAUUCACAGAUGUUACCCACACACUUCUUACGCUCCCGCCAGGUGAAAGAGGAAAGUAACAAAAAAGCUUGAGCACCUGGUUGUUUAAGCAGCAGUGUUGUUGUUUGUUUACAAGCAACCAAAGAAAUCACAGACAGCAAUGCUCUAAACUUUCUGACAGAAAUAACUAUCACCAAUAACAACAGAAUCAAAAGUGGCUCUUGAAGCAAACCACGAAGCAGUUGAGAUCUCAAAUCAAACCACUACACACACGUUUCUAGUGUUGGACUCGCAUUCAUCACUUCUAAUCUCUGAACGCUGAACAACACUACACUUGUUUGCACUUUAAUUAUGCCUCAGCAUACUUUAUUUUAGUUACAGAGAGGUCCACCUUACGCCUGUUGGGGGUGCACAAACACGUGAGAUGAAACUGUUUUUCAGUAAUCAACACUGACAUUAACAUGAUUGUCAAAGUAUGAUAAGCAAUGAAUAGAAUCCAUAUCCGCAAAGGAGAAGUAGGAGGAGCAACCUUUGUUUCACGUGUUGCCAUGGUGAAUGUAAUCUGUGCAGAUCAGAGUUGGACAACCCGCAAGUCCGGUUUUCUCACUGGCCUUGGUUAACAAGGUAAGGGUGAGAGCCACAUAUGGUGCUACAAAUACCAAGUGGCAUCUACAUUAAAGUUGUGAUGAGAACUUCCGAUUCUCAACCAUGCAUCCCAACCACGCUGCUUGGAACAUUGCACAGGAGGAGAAACAGAUGUGUCAACAUGCGAAGUGGAAGGCUGUACACUUGAAAAUAGUAGCUAUUGCUCAUGUCUUGGAAUGACAUACCAAAACACUUGUAGCACAGAGAAGAGUAAAGCAGCUGCUUUAGACUCAAAACGGAACACACAAAACAGGCGCAUACGAGGGCAGAGAGGAUGAUAAUAAUCUCCCAAUACUCCCGUCAUGAGUCGCUCAGACUGUUCACUUAGGUUUAGUUUAGCCUCAGCACUCGCAGCACAACUGACACGACUAGGACAAUAAAGAAAUGCCACAAAAAUCCAAGGAACUGUAUAUUCAGGUCAAGGUCAGUGAGGAUAUCUGGAGUGGAAGUGCACACAAGACUCAGUGUGUGGGUUGGUCUCUGACAGUCCUAAUCGGGGAGUGACUGGAUCAGAAACGUUCACCUGCUGUUGCUGUUGCCGUGUCUGUGUCGUUGCAUGUGUGUCGACCUGAAACAAUGUGUCUUCUCCCACACGCCGGGAUUCAAAAGAGCAGGGGAAGAGAACAGAUCUCACCUGAAUGUGUAAACCAUCAACCAUCCUGAAGCUGUACAUUUUGUCCAUGAAAAUGUAAAAAGAAAUUGUUGCUGCUAUCGAAACGUGUGUUGAUGGAGGACGGUGCUGCAUGCCCCAAUUAAAUCUUCUCGAUCCAGAAGGUAUCUGCUGCCAGUUUUAUUUC